AUGUUACGAUUACACAAAUUAGCAUCAAAUGACCCUGAGGUUAUGAAAUGCUUUGACCAAGGAGAUUUGGCGAAAGGUUUAACAGAUUUAGAUCUUGACUGUGGCGUUCUGCCAAGCCAACGUAGUCUUGGAAUUGUCUGGAAUUUAAGUUCUGAUGACUUUGUUUUUAAAACAGAUAUGUCAGCUCGUCCUUUCACUAAAAGGGGUAUUUUAUAUUUAAAUAGUGUAUUUGACCCACUUGGAUUUUUGGCCCCUGUUAUCUUAGAGGGUAGAUUAAUCCUUAGAGAGAUAAUGCGUACUAAAGUUGAUUGGGAUGACAUUGUGCCUACAGAGAUUGCACUGAAAUGGGAGAAUUGGAAGGAAAGGUUAGAAGAUUUAGAGAUGUUCAGUAUUCGUAGGUGUUAUUUUGAAAGGUCACUGAGUGAAAUGUCGAAGGUUGAUUUACAUAUCUUUUCAGAUGCGUCAUUAACUGCCAUCUCAGCUGUUGUGUAUGUUAAGGGAUUUUUAAAGGGAGAUAAUCAUGUAGGAUUUGCUGUUGGGAAAAGCAAACUUGCUCCAGAAAAGGGUCACACUAUACCCAUGCUUGAAUUAUGUGCUGCAGUUUUAGCUGUUGAACUGUAUCAGUCUGUAGCAAGUCAUUUAUGUGUUGAUGUAUACACAGUUAAAUUCUACACAGAUAGUAAAGUUACUUUAGGCUACAUUUGUAAUCAGCCCAAAAGGUUUUUCACGUAUGUUAGUAAUCGUGUCCAUAAGAUUGUUAGUGUAUCUAAUCCUUCACAGUGGAAUUUUGUUCCCUUUGAACACAAUCCUAUUGAUAUUGGUAGCCGAGGUGCCAGUCUUGUUAAGUUACUGAAGAGUUCAUUGUUAUCAGGUCCAAAGUUUUUGCAAAUUGAUGCAAAUGUUUCUAGGCCUGAAAGUUUUCCACUUGUAAACCCCACUCAAGAUGAAGAAAUUCGCAAAGAGAUUUCUGGUAUGGCGUCAAACGUAAAAGACUUGAAUUUCAGCAUGGGUUUGUUUGAAAGUUUUCCUCCUGGCUAA